GGGCGGUGGCCGGUUUGCCGCAGAGCCCCGAGAGACAGAAGCAGAGAGAGCAGCUGAAUUAUCUAAUAGGAAGCUCAACCUUGCUUUAGGAACUCCUGCUGAAACCAGAACAGACAGAUCUCAGCUCUACAGCACUUUAGAACAGGAUACCGGCUCCCUGCUGCUUCAUUUUACCCCGGUAAAGAAGCGGAGUGCUGUUAGAUAGAGUCCAGAAUGGCGAGUUAUACAGACCGCAACUGCUAAAGCAGCAACACCAGCCGGGGAGACGGAGAGAGAGAGGGAGGUAGAGAGAGACCGAGGACUGCGGACUCUAGUGGUGAGCCAGGGGCAGCUGCAGGAUGACUGAAUACAAGCUGGUGGUGGUGGGAGCUGGUGGUGUUGGGAAGAGUGCACUGACGAUCCAGCUGAUCCAGAAUCACUUCGUGGACGAAUAUGACCCCACCAUAGAGGACUCGUACAGGAAGCAGGUGGUGAUCGAUGGGGAGACGUGUCUACUGGACAUCCUGGACACAGCAGGCCAAGAGGAGUACAGUGCUAUGAGGGAUCAGUACAUGAGGACUGGAGAGGGCUUUCUCUGUGUGUUCGCCAUCAACAACACCAAGUCCUUCGCUGAUGUGCAUCUGUAUAGGGAGCAGAUUAAGCGGGUGAAGGACUCUGAUGAUGUGCCGAUGGUGCUGGUGGGAAACAAAUGUGAUUUGGCCAGAACUGUUGACACCAAGCAGGCCCAGGAACUAGCCAGGAGCUACGGCAUAGAAUUUGUAGAAACUUCAGCCAAGACCCGACAGGGAGUUGAAGACGCUUUUUACACCCUUGUUCGGGAGAUCCGCCAUUAUCGCAUGAAAAAGCUCAACAGCAGGGAGGACAGGAAGCAGGGCUGCCUCGGCGUCUCCUGUGAGGUCAUGUGAUCAGGACGUGCGCCACCCCCCUCCAGAACCCCCUCAGAAGCCCACCGGCCAGCAGCUGAACACUUACGACUUACGCUUGUGACUGAAGAGCUUCUCUGAUUGGUUAAGAUUUUGCUUCAGCUUUAAAUCACAGUAGCCUGAAUUCGGCCGGGUCGUGGAGUUUCUGCGGUGUUGCCCUCUGCUGGCUAAAAGGGAUAAAUGCGAAGCCUGGCCUGCUGGCUGUGUGUGUGUGUGUGUGUGUGUGUGUGUGUGUGGACUGUAUCAGCUGCUGUGAUGGAAACGUGGGGCCUUAUAUGUGGGACGUUUUGGCUCCUCUGAUCAUUUUCACAGACGUGCAUUUAUCUCUUUAGUCAUUAAGUGCUGGGAUCUCGCAUCUUCCCUUGUUUUUCGGAUUUCUCAUCGGACUUGAUCUUAAUCUGUAGGUUCAGUACUCAGGAAUACUGUGAAGGUAAAAGUGCCUCUAAUGCAUCUAAUGCGUCUUUAAUGCGUUUUGUUUUAAUGUAGUUCUUUUGUUUUUUGUUUUUUUAAGGUAGACCUAUUUGACCUCAGAUUGUCUGUCACCGGUUUCUUUUACAUUUCAGCUUGAUUCGUGUAGAUGUUUUGUUUUUUGGGCAUGCAAAAUUUAGGAAUUUAAGGCUAAAAAAUAACCUACAGUAAAUGAAUGAGAAUCGAUCGCCUUUACAUACAUGCUCUUAGAAAACGAGACGAAACUCGUGCACCAGAACCUCCAAGAACCAAUUCUUAAUGCUUAAGAAUGCUUAAUGAAAUUUGUGUGCCUAAUUAUUUCAAAUACGUUCAUAAAAAGGAGAAAUGUGCCUUUUUUUAGUUAGAUAAAUGACAUCUCUUGUUUUUAGCCAGUAGUGGGAGUCUGGAGUUCAGUAAUGCUCAGAAACAAUCGAUGAGAUGCAUGAAUUAAGGACUGUGAAAAAACUGUAGUCAUCUGCACUCUGUGACCUUUUGUUUUUUUAAUGUCUGUGCUAAAACGUGCCCAAUAGUGUAAAGUGUGCACUGCCUUUAGAAGAAUCACCUGGGCCAACUUUAUUAUUUUUUUUAAGGUUUUAAAGUUUAGUUUUGUUAUAAAUCUGUGUUUUUUAUGUUUGUUUUUAACAGUGCCUGAUUUUACAUAUAGUUUGUCAUAAGUGAUGUCAGAAGUGGCUUUAUAUUAAUAGAUUAUAUAUCUAUAGAUCUGUCAGUCGUUUUUUGCCUGGUGCUACCGUAAUUAUUAAUGUCCCUAAAAAAAAAUAACUGUUCUACAAAACGCAACCACCCACACUUGUUAAAAUUGUUAAAUACAGCUCUGGAAAAAAGUAAGACACCACUUAAAAAUGAUGAGUUUCUUUGAUUUUACCAAAUUAAAAACCUCUGGAAUAUAAUCAAGAGGAAGAUGGAUGAUCACAAACCAUCAAACCACCAAACUGAACUGCUUGAAAACUGCUUUUGCACCAGGAGUAAAGCAGCAUAAAGUUAGAAAAAAAGCAGUGUGUAAGACUGGUGGAGGAGAACAUGAUGCCAAGAUGCAUGAAAAAACCACCAGGGUUAUUCCACCACAUAUUGAUUUCUGCAUAUUUUUUUUGUUAUUUCAGCCAUUUCUCAUUUUCUGCAUUUUGGAAUUUGGGAGAAAUGUUGUCUGUAGUUUAUAGAAUAAACGACAAAGUUCAUUUUACUCAAACAUAAACCUAUAAAUAGCAAAAUCAGAGAAACUGUUUAAGAAACUGGAGUGGUCUCCUCAUAUAUUUUUUUUUACAGAGCUGUAUGUGUAAGAUUUUUUUUUAUUAUAGCUUUAAGUCACUCCCCUUCUAACCAACCCUGUAGUUUUUUUUUUGGAUAUUGAUCAUUACCGAUGGAUCAUUUAUUUCAUCUGUACCAGACGUGUCCUAUCUGGACCUGCGGACUUCUUGAUCAUCUUCUUCUAUUCCUUCUUCUUUUACUAGUAAAUUAAUUGUAAACUAAA